AUGUCUACCAGCAAGGCGGAAGGCCGCCGCGAGGAUGCCCUUGUCAAGCAACGCGACCAGAUGCGCGAGGACUUUGAGCGGCAGAAGCAGACCCUCAUCAAUGAAACGGAGAAGGCGCGGCCCUCUACGAACCGCUUCAUCGGGCAGAAUGAUUCCAUGGAGGACACGCUCAAGCUGAGCACCGUCGGUCUCGUCCGGCUCGAGGACUUCCAGCAGCGCAGGAAGGAGCUUGAGGAGGCGAAGGCGCGCGAAGCUGCCAGAACGAGCGAGCUGAAGUAUGAUUUGUUUAGAGACGAGAAAAAGGUGAAGAAACGCAAGAAGGCCAACAAAGCAACCCUCUCGUUUGCGCUCGACGACGAAGAGGGCGAGGAGAGCGGGUCUGCAUCGCAGGGUGGCGAAUUCGGCGAACCGCUCUCCAAGAAGGCGAAGUCGCGAAAGAACCCUGAAGUGGACACCUCGUUCCUGCCCGACAGGGAACGCGAGGAAGCCGACCGGCGUGAGCGUGAAGCACUCCGCCAGGAAUGGCUGCGCAAACAGGAGGACCUCAAGAACGAAGAGGUCGAGAUCGUCUACUCGUACUGGGACGGGAGCGGCCACCGAAAGAGCGUGUCGGUCAAGAAGGGCGACACCAUUUCUACCUUCCUCGAGAAGUGCCGGCAGCAGUUCCCAGAGCUGCGCGGCAUCAGCGUCGACAACAUGAUGUAUGUGAAGGAGGACCUCAUCAUACCUCACCAUCACACGUUCUACGACUUCAUCGUGAACAAGGCCCGCGGGAAGUCGGGCCCAUUGUUCAAUUUUGACGUCCACGACGACGUGCGCCUUUUGGCCGACGCAACGGUUGAAAAGGACGAGUCCCACGCCGGUAAGGUGGUCGAGCGAAGUUGGUAUCAAAGGAACAAGCAUAUAUUCCCUGCGUCCCGCUGGGAGGUCUACGACCCGGACAAGAACUACGGUAAAUAUACCAUCGCUUAAGUCCUUACUCGUUGUCUGCUAUUGUGCUAUGAUGUAUAUAUGCGCCAACUUUUGCUCUGCCGAGACAGAGCACGCUCUCAUGCAAAUCUGACAUGGCAAGC